AUGUCUGAGCAGAUUCAGCGACCACAAACGCCGAAGGACAAACCUGGGAAGGACGAUCUGAAGCAAUCUGCAUCGACGGAGCGGAUUGAUGGUGCCGGAGGCAAUCAUCCGGAGGACAAGAAUGCGUCGAGUACGCCGGACGUAACUGCGCCUGACGACAGCGCCUCCGGUGCAGCUGCUAAGCGUCCGCCUAACCCGACGCGCUUCUCGGCGCUUGCUACGGCGGUUGCGAGCUUUACUGGAACGCUCAGCAAGAAUCUUAGCUUGAAGCGACAGCAGAAGCCGCCGAUCGUGUUCCCUCCGCCCUCAUGGAGCCUAGACGAUCUGAAGAACGAGGGUGCGGGCACCGUCGUUACGCCUAGCGCGACACCUACCAUCCCUGCCGCAGACGCUGGUGGUGCGCCGACUCCGGGAGGUGAUCCAACCCCAGAUUCCACUGCACCCAUUGCACCUCCCCCAACGGACCAGCCUGUAUCGGAGCCCGACCCAUCGGAGGUGCAAGAUGCACCUGAGCCUCAGACUCUCGCGCAGCGUAUUCGUGCCAUGAUCGCUGUACUUCCGCCACCCUCGAGCAACCCCACCUCGCGCGCUGCGUCACCACCACCUCCAGGUGAUGCAGCCAACCCAACAUUGCAGCUCCCGAAGACGGACUCAUCUGACGCGCCACCGAUCCCCCUACUUGUCGGCGCGGACUCGAAGCUCAUGAAGUGGCUCUCGUCCGAGGGCGUGAUGACGGGCUCGAUCAACAAGGGUAAGGAGAGCGUGUGGAGCGCGCUACAGCGGCUGAAGCAGCCGACGACGUACGGCGGUGCGACACAGACGGUGAAUGCGGAUGGUGAGGGAGGGGAGACGAGGAAGGAUGGCGAAGCCAGCGCGCGCCCACGAGACGACGACGACAACGCGAGCUGCAUGGUGUACGCGGACCUUCAGCCCAAUCGUGACUCAGUACUUGAGCUCGCGGACGAAGAGCUGGAAUACGUCGAGGAUUCGGACGCGAGCCGGUCGGACACGCCUGGUCCAGAGCCAAAGGGCAAAGAUGAUGACACUGCGGCGCCAGAAUCAGACACGAAGAAGGGAAAGGACAAGGCAAAGCACACCAAGGAGGUCCACGUCUGGGUGCCCAGCGCCGAGAAGCUAUCCGUUGAGGCGCUCUGGUGGGGCUACCGCCUGUACCUCCCCCCGCCCGUCAUGCAGGUCCUCGACGACUCGCGCAUCGCCGCCGCGAAGAAGGGCGCGAUGAUCACUGCCGCGCUGAAGUGGGUGCUCGACCACAUUCCUACGGGGAUAUUCCCGCCUGCGAUUCGGCCGGCGAUGACGAUUCUGAAGCGGCUGACGCCGUAUCUGAGCUAUGUCGGUGUCUUCGUUGCGUGGAGUUGGGGCGCGAUUAGCGCGAGGGAUAAUGGGAACGGUGUGGUGCUGACGGCGACUUGGCUGUUGCCUGUAGCGCUGAUUCCAUCGCCCUGGGAGGAGCGGAUGGGCGAGAUGGGCAUCGCUGACAAAGUCCCUGUCGCUGAAGAGGGCAAGGCGAAGGAAGCCGAGAAACCGAAAGAGGACGCGCCGUUCAAGAAGAAGAAGCGUGGACGGCGGGACAGUCUCACGAAAUGGGAGGAAAUCAAGAACAGGUUGCUCAGCUCGAAGCAAUGA